AUGCAGAAACAAACAACAAUGAGUGUAUGUUUACCAACUUUGGUUUUGAAAGAAAACAUUAUCCAACUUCCAAAUGUUACUUUCAAAAUUGGAUUGACCCCACAAGAUGCACUGGUGAUAUUGCAAAUGUAUCUUGAAGCUCCACAUUGUAUUUCACCUCGAAUGAAAUCAUUGAUAGAUCUUUUGAAAGAAAAAGUGGAAUGUGUUGCCAAACAUGAAGAUUUAACGGCUAAACUAUCACCAGUUGCUAUGGAUAGUCUUGUGGCUAUAAACAAACUGCUAGCUGCUGAUGAGAAGGAACACCCAAUUCUAGCUACUCUAUUUUUCAAUGAUUCCGAAGUUUCCAAGGCCGGUGUGCUUAGCAAAAUAUGUGGAAUUCACCUGACCCCUGAAUUGUGUAUUUUAGAUUUAAAAGGUGAAUUGGUUGGGUUUAGAAAUAGUAAAGUAACUGUAACUUCACCAGGCAAGUACCAGUUUGUCGGAGAAAUAUAUUUUGAAAUAACUCCCAUAAAUAAGGCGGAAUUUGAUGAGACUUUGAUACACACAUGGGCAGGAAUAGUGGAAGAUAUACGUGCAAAUAUAAAGAUUGUUCUUGAGUUUUUGAAGUCAUUUGAAACUUGGAAAGAUGAUGAUUUGGGAAAUCUAUUGAAGCGACUGGAUCCACUAGGAGAAUUGAUGUUUCUGCAAUUUUCUGAGCCUACCACGAUGUCAAAUCUAGUAAAACUUGAAGGGCUUACAGAAAAUUCAAGUGUAGUAGAGUAUGACUCUAUACUAAAAAUAUGUGAUGCAUAUAUGUCAACUUUCCCAUUUUCGUACAAACAAGAGUUGCAAUACUUGAGUUGCGAAAAUCUGGUGGCUAAACUAAACACAGUUUCAAAAUGUGUCAAAUUUAUGAACAUGAUAUUUACUAAAUUCUUGAAUAUUGAUCAUGUUUAUGAUUCUUGGAAUAGAUUGGGGAGACUGAAAAAUGGUAAAGUAUUACAGUCACGGUUUAUUGUUGACCAUUUGAGAUCUUUUAAAAAGUUUUUGGAAGCAGCAACUAAACCUCAACAUUCAAAUCGAUCGUUAACCAGAACAAAGUGUAGUAAAAACAAUAAUGACAGCUCCCCUGACAACUUCAAUAUUAACAAUGAUGAUGAUAACGACUUGAAAUGUAUUGAGGAUUUUAUAGUAAAUAUUGAUAAAUUUCACAUCUCAGAGGAUGGAAAAACUUCGUUGACAAAAGAUUACAACAGAUUAAGGAAAAUGCAGAGCCAAAGUUCUGAAUAUCAACAGCUUCGUAACUACUUUGAUAUUAUUAUGGAAAUUCCAUUUUGGACAGUGGGGGAGAAAAGACAAGCUAACAUCGAUAUUAACAAUGCCAGAAAAAUUUUAGACCGUGAUCAUUAUGGUAUGGAGUCUGUAAAGGAAAGAAUUAUUCAACACUUAGCUGUUUUAAAACUCACUGAAAAUACUCCAGCGGAUGCAAAAUCACCUAUUUUGCUCCUUAAUGGCCCUCCAGGGGUAGGUAAAACCUCCCUUGCGAAAUCAAUUGCUCAAUGCUUGAAUUUAGAGUUUCAAAGAAUUUCUUUAGGGGGUGUUAACGAUUUUGCAGAUAUAAAAGGUCAUAGAAGAACUUAUGUAGGGGCUAUCCCCGGACUCGUUAUUCAGGCAAUAAAACGCUCGAAGUCCAUGAAUCUUGUUAUUUUACUGGAUGAAAUUGACAAGGUGGGUGUGGUGAAUAGCAAAGGUAAUCCUGCAGCGGCACUUUUAGAAUUGUUAGAUCCUGAACAAAAUUCUUCCUUCACCGACCAUUAUGUUGGAUUUCCGAUCGACUUGUCUAGAGUAGUGUUUAUUGCAACCAGCAACAACAAAUGGGAGAUCAGUGAACCGUUACUAGAUAGGUUAGAGACAGUCGAACUUGGUGGUUAUAAAAGCAACGAAAAAAUAGCAAUUGCUCAACAGUUUCUUUUACCCAGACAAAUGAAAAGAAAUGGGGUGCCAAGGGAACAAAUAAGGAUAUGUGAUGUGAUUCUAGAGCUGAUUGUCAAUGGCUAUACUCAUGAACCUGGUAUUAGAAAUCUUGAACGACUGAUUGGCCAGAUUUGUCGUGCAAAAGCCAUCGAGAGUGUCGCUUCAGAGGGAAGUUACACGUCAGAAAUAUCAAAGAAUGAUGUUAUCAGGUAUCUUGGUGUUCCGGUAAAGUUUUCAAUAUCCGAAGAGUUUAGUUCAGACGAUUCAAGUAUUCAAGAAAAAUAUGGGUUAGUUAAUGGGUUAUCGUAUAAUUCGGAUGGCUCUGGGUCAUUACUUAAGUUUGAGAUGAUUGGCAUUCCUGGAGAAAAAAGAAUCUUUUCAACAGGUAGGUUAGGUAAUGUAUUGCUUGAAAGUUGUGCAAUAGCAGAGACAUUAGUUGAGCAUUUGUUUUAUACACAUACCUUUGUAGGAUAUGAUCAAAAGGAGUUGGUUAGGAGGUUAAAAGAAACAUCAGUUCAUAUGCAUGUUCCAGAGGGAGCUAUUCAGAAGGAUGGCCCCUCAGCUGGUUUAACUAUGACACUAUGUUAUCUUUCGUUAAUUUUACGUCGUCCAGUCCCUUCGAACAUUGCUUUAACAGGAGAAAUCACCUUAACAGCAAAGGCUUUACCUAUUGGUGGAUUGAAAGAAAAACUAUUAGGAGCCAGCUUAACACGGAGUAUAACAAAGGUGUUAGUUCCACGACUCAAUCGUCAGGACCUAAUAGAAAUUUAUGCCGAUUCAAUUGAUGGUCAUGCCAAAUCUAAGGAAGUGUUGACUAAAUUGGUCCUAGAUGAGGAAGAUUGUUUGCUAAACAAAUCCAGAAGAUAUUCCUUCUCCGAUGUGGUGGAAAGCUGGAUCGAAAAAGAAUAUGGAAUUAUAGUUAAGUAUGUUGACGAUUUCAUGGGUGUCAUUAGUGAAACGUGGAAUGGCGACGUUAAACUUGUACGUACGGUAUUCAAGGCCAAUUUGUAA